AUGACCAGAAGUGAGUUCAAAUUGGAAGACCACCCUUUAGACGAGUACCCACAAAUUGAGGUAAUCGUCAUAGGAGCAGGAAUUUCCGGUAUAACAGCAGGCAUCCUUUUGCCUCGAAAAGUCCCCAAUAUCAAACUUGAAAUUUUCGAGAAGAAUGCAGAUGUUGGAGGUGUCUGGGAAGUAAACAAAUAUCUGGGUGUGCGAUGCGAUGUACCAGCCCAUGCAUACCAGUAUUCAUUUGAGUCGAAUCCUGGAUGGACAGAGUACUAUGCAAAAGGUGAAGAAAUUUCUCAAUAUUGGAAAAGGGCUGCUGAAAAGUACGACGCUUAUAAGUACAUAACCUUUAACACAAAGGUGAUCAGAUCAGAAUUCAAUGAGAACCAAGGGAAGUGGAAUGUCACCCUUCAGGAUAUUAAUACCGGAAACAUUUAUGAGAGGCAAGCUCAUAUUCUAAUCCUUGCAACUGGCUACUUUGAUUCGUGGAAACUGCCUGAUUAUCCAGGACUUGGCGAAUAUGAGGGUCACUUAAGACACACUUCUAACUGGGAUCCGUCAUUUGAUCCUAAAGAUAAGAGUGUCGCAGUUAUUGGCAAUGGAGCUUCGGGUAUUCAGGUGCUGCCACAAUUGCAGCGGUUAGCUUCGCAUGUGGACCAUUAUGUUCGUAAUCCAACGUGGAUUGGAUCACAAUUUGGUGGGGAGAAUAUACCAGAAAACCUUGUUUUUAGCCCCGAUCAGAUAGCCCUGUUCAAGAGUGAUCCAGUUGCAUAUUAUAAGUAUCGUAAGACACUUGAGAACAGCCACAGCCAGCAGUUUGCUGCGGUCAUAAAAGGAUCAAAGGCAAAUGAAACAGCCAAGGAAAAAUAUACCGAGCUAAUGAAAGCAAGAUUAGGUAAAGCAUCAGAGGAAAUCUUGCCAAAAAUAUUACCUUCUUUUAGUCCAGGCUGUAGACGUCUUACACCGGGGCCUGGUUAUCUCGAAGCACUAGGACAAGAUAAUGUUACAGUCAUAUCUACUGGAAUCGAAAGAUUUACGAAAAAGGGCAUAAAAACCAUAGACGGAACAGAGAGAGAGGUGGAUGCUAUAAUUUGUGCUACAGGGGCUGAUACAUCUUUUGCACCUCAGUUUCCUAUCGUUGCUGGGGAAGUUGAUCUUAGUAAAGACUGGCGAGCAGGAGGAAACCCCGGGUUCCCUGACACGUACCUGGGAAUUGCCGUUCCCAAGGUACCCAAUUUUCUAUUCAUUCAUUCGAAUUCCACUGGAUAUGGUGGCACUCUGAUUCGGACAGUGGAAACACAAAUAACCUACGCCGCUCAGUUUAUCAGAAAAGUAUCACAACAAGGCAUCAAGUCUAUUGUACCUUCUCAAGAAGCUACAGACGACUUUCGAGAAUAUAGUGACGCAUUUUUCAAGCAAACAGUCCUGUUAGAUGGAUGUUCUUCAUGGUACAAUGGUGGGAUUCCCGGAGGACGAAUUCAUGGGCUCUGGCCAGGAAGUAACUCCCAGUCUGCAUAUCUACGUCUAAACCCACGGUGGGAAGAUUUCGAGUAUAAAUACCACAAUCAAUCAGGGAAUCGAUUUGGGUUUCUAGGUAAUGGCUGGACUACCCUAGAUAAGGGUGAUGAGUCGGACUUGACACCCUAUCUACAUGUCCAAGGUACAGUCGAUUUAGCGACUAUCCACGAGCAUUGGAACUCGAUAUUCCCAGGAAAUGUUGUUAAAUAA